AUGACUGAAAUUAAAGGGCAAGUGAUUGAGGCCAUGCAAGAAUCUGGACUAAGACCUAUGGAAUCCUUUAAUUACAUGUCAAAUGAAGCUGGAGGAGAAGAUGCUAUUGGUCAUACAGUGAAAGACCACAUGAAUUAUUGUUAUAAGCUGAAAAUAAAGGCCAUUGAAGCAGGAGAUUCUCAAGUAGUUUGUGACAAAUUACAGGAAGCUUAUUCUGAAGACGCUAACUUCUUUUUCAGAGUAAGGUUGGAUGCAGAUGGAAGGGUUUGUAACUUGUUUUGGAGGGAUUCUAUGAUGCUUGAAGAUUACAAAAUAUAUGGGGAUGUCACUGUUUUUGACACCACAUAUAGGACGAAUCGUUACAACCUCAUUUGCGCACCCUUUGUAGGAAUAAACAACCAUUGGAAGAACACUAUGUUUGCUUGUUCUUUUAUUGGUGAUGAGACCAUAGAGUCAUUUGUGUGGCUAUUUGAGACCUUUAAAAAGGCAAUGGGUGGUAAAUGUCCUGUCUCACUGUUUACAGACCAAGAUGCAGCCAUGGCAGCAGCAAUACCCAAGGUAUUUCCAAACACUAGACAUAGACUAUGUCUAUGGCAUUUGAUUCAAAAUGCUGUAACAAGAUUUGGAAUUUUGAAGAGUGAUGACACAUUCAAAGCCGCUUUCACGAAAUGCUUGAGUGGUUGUAUUAACGAAGCUCAGUUUGAAGUAUGUUGGGAUUCAAUGAUGACAAAGUACAAGCUGAAAAACAACAGUUGGUUCAAGAGGUUAUACUCACUAAAGCAUAAGUGGUCAACAACUCUAAGUAAGGACUUUUUUUCCGCGAGAAUCUUGUCGUCACAGAGAAGUGAGAGCACAAAUCAUGCAGUGGGAUUUAUAGCAAACAAGAAGACAAGUUUGACAGAAUUCUACGACAUAUUUCAAAAGACAGUGAAGACUUGGAGAAGGAAUGAGGAUUUUUAUGAGUUAAAUAGCACAAAAUCAAUUCCUACUUCAAGUUAUCCGAUGUCUGCCUUACUUAAACAUGCUGCUGAGGUUUAUACACAUACAUUAUUCAGGGACUUAGAAGAAGAAUUCAAACUAGCCAUUGGAUCUCAAACCAAACUACUAUUUAUUAAUGGAGGCAAAAUGGUUUACCAAGUGUACCUUGAAGGCAGAGAUGGCACAACUCAAGCAGUAACUUACGAUCCAACAAACCAAACAAUUCAAUGUCCAUGCAAGAAUUUUGAAGAGUUGGGUUGGUUAUGCUUCCAUAGCCUUAGAAUCUUGCACAUGCAUUCUGUUGAAAAAAUUCCCAGAGCAGUACAUAUCUUUCAGGUGGACUAA